AUGAGAGAAUCUUACUUAAAAGAAAUUAAGAACCUAGAAGAGUGUCUUGAGAAAAUUAAUGGGCUACAACAGCAAAGUGAGGAAGAAGAUAGAUCAGUACUAGUUAGAAAAUAUGAAAAUGCCUUUGAAGUAUAUGUAGACAAAAAUGUUAAUUUGGAUAACACACAAAAACUUACGCAAUUAAUGAGAAGUCUACAGGGAGAAGCCAAAGAAUUAGUCGAGGAAGAGGAAGAUUACGAAUGGGAUACUAUUAAAUUCAGAAACGCUUCUAGAAAAUAUUUAAAGCAUUAUGAUAAGGCUUUACAAAUAGAAGAGCGAAAUCAACCAAAAGUCAAAGAGGUUACUGUACAAAACCAAUAUGACCCAGAAUGUGGGUAUAAGGUAGUAGUAUUGUUAGAUUCUGGAAGCUGCGACGAACCAGCCCUUCGGAGGGGGACAGGUGGGCUGUCUUGCAUUUCUUCUGGAGGUCCGUCAAGUAUAGCCAAUGGUGCUUCAUUAUUCAGUGGUUCAGCUGGUUGUAGAGUUAUAUUAUCAUCGCUAUCUAUGGCUUGUUUCAUAAAAAAUGCUUUACAGCGGAAAGUGGAUCAAGUCGAUUACAUGAGCAGAGGAGCCGUUUGA